AUGCAUAUCAAGCGCGUAGUUGUCCUCACGCUCUUCAGUUAUGUCACCGCCCUUCCCAGUGACAUCAAUCUAGGCGUCGCCUUGCGAGCUUGUGAUGCUGAGGCCUGUGAUAUGGAAUCUACCACCGCUACAGAGACGGUCACGGACACGCAGGCGUUGACAGCCACCAAAAGUGUUACCGAAACGCAGCCUACAACAGCUACGCAAACAGUCACCGACACAAAGUCUUAUACAGUGAUGCAGACUGCAACUGACAGAGAGUCCCUGAUAACCACACAGACUAUCAACAACACAAUUACAGCCACACAGACUACUACCGACACAAAAUUCAAAACACAAACAAUCAACAACAAAAUCACAGCUAUACAGACUACUACCGAUAUAGAGUCAUAUACAAAGACGAAGACGAAGAACAACACCAUCACGGCCACGCAGACUACGACUGAUAUAGAGCCUACCACGGCUACACAGAUCAUCAAUAACACACUCACAGCGACUCACACUACCACUGACAUAGAGUCUACUACAGCUACACUUACUAUCAACAACACACUCAUGGCCACACAGACAACCACAGAAACCGAGUUUUUCACAGCUAUGGAGAUCAUCACAGCCGCUGCAUCCUUUACCGCCACCCAGACUACCACUGAUACAGAGUCCAUAACAACCACCCAAAACAUCACAGACAAGCAAACUAUGCACCACACAGAGUCUGUCACGGCUACAGAGACCAUAACCGAUACGGAAUCUGUCACAGCCAAACCCACACCAACCACUGUAACAGACAUCCAAAUGUCCAUAUCCACAACAACUGCCACUCAAACCGCCACCCCUACUCCGGAAGUUGGGGCCUGCUUCUGCUGCACUGAGCAGGUCCGACUGCCGUAUGAACUGAAUGGUAACUGUGAUAAUAUCGCAGUGUCAGAUUCCACCAACGGCUGCCCAUCGGGUGACGAUCCGAAGCGGAACCACUUGCUCUGUUGUGACUCGAGUGGAUACUGUACUCAAAUGUCAUAG